AUGAGGCACUUCCAGACCGCCCAAAGAAGGAAUGACCAAUGCUGCGAGGGUGGGGCGCUGUGGGGCGCCGAGCGCGCCCGCCGGGCGGGGGUUCCGCCGCCGCUGCCGCCGGGAGCGGAGCCGAGGGGAGCCGGCCGGGACCGGGCCGGGCCGGGGCCGGGCCGCAGAUUUUGCCUKCCCCUCGUGCUGGCUUCCCUCCCUACGAUGGCUACUGGUGAAGAGAUUGCCCCUGCCCUGGAGGACUCAUGGGGUGACUUCUGGCUCUUCCGUUUCUUUGUUAAUGCUGCUGGCUAUGCGAGUAUUGUGGUGCCAGGAUUCCUCCUCAUCCAGUACUUAAAGAGAAGGAACUACUUGGAGACAGGCCGAGGCAUUUGCUUCCCUGUUAUCAAAUCAUGCGUGUUUGGCUCUGAAGUGAAGUCUGUACACCAGGAGGAUGGCUCCCUGCCACCCCGAGCAGAGCCCACAGAGUCAUCCACAGCCCGACAGGUCUUCAAGCUGCUCUUCUGUGCUGCUGGUCUGCAGGUUUCCUACCUCACAUGGGGUGUCCUCCAGGAGCGUGUGAUGACGAGAACGUAUGGUGCCACUGAAACAGAUCCUGGUGAGAAGUUCAAGGACUCCCAGUUCCUAGUGUUCAUGAACCGCAUCCUGGCCUUCACRGUGGCUGGUCUGUACUGCGCCCUGACCAAGCAGCCACGCCAUGGGGCUCCUAUGUACAAAUACUCCUUUGCCUCUCUCUCCAACAUUCUCAGCAGCUGGUGUCAGUAUGAGGCACUCAAAUACAUCAGCUUCCCCACCCAAGUGCUGGCCAAGGCCUCCAAAGUCAUCCCAGUGAUGAUGAUGGGCAAACUGGUAUCACGCAAGAGUUACGAGUACUGGGAGUACCUGACUGCUGCCCUCAUCUCCGUGGGGGUCAGCAUGUUCCUGCUCUCCAGCGCUCCUAACAGGCAUGUGUCCACUGUCACCACUUUCUCUGGCGUAGUGCUCCUGGCUGGCUACAUAAUCUUUGACAGCUUCACCUCCAACUGGCAGGACGCUCUCUUCACCUACAAGAUGUCUCCCGUGCAGAUGAUGUUUGGCGUCAACGUCUUCUCCUGCCUUUUCACCGUGGGCUCGCUCUUGGAGCAGGGUGCCUUGCUGGAGUCGCUGCACUUCAUGGCCCGCCACUCAGAGUUCACUGCCCACGCUGUGCUGCUCUCUGUGUGUUCUGCCUGUGGCCAGCUCUUCAUCUUCUACACCAUCAACCAGUUCGGGGCAGCUGUCUUCACCAUCAUCAUGACACUCCGACAGGCCUUUGCCAUCCUCCUCUCCUGCCUCAUCUAUGGGCACACUGUCACUGUUGUGGGUGGGCUGGGCAUAGCUGUUGUCUUCAUGGCCCUCUUUCUCCGUGUCUAUGCCCGCAGUCGCAUGAAGAAGCGCAGUAAGAAACUUCCACCAGGCGAGACCCCGGUACAAAAGGUCUAAGGAAGCUGAGGCUAUGGCAUUUAAGCCAUGCCCUCUGUCCUGCCUCCACUCAAGUGUACUUGCUUUAUUUCUCAAARCCCACUGAGGAGCGCAGUGGGAUAUGGAUAGGCAGGACCAAUGACUCAGUUUUCCACCUGCUUUUCCUGGGAAAGGGGCUGGAAUAAGCCUAGGAAAUACUGUGGGCUGAUGCAGCUCCAAACCUUUCCAUUUGCCUUAACAGGUCAAAGACAGCCAAGGCACAGGCCUGGGGGCACACCAGCAUGGGGCUGCUGGUAUUCCUGCCCCACCUCUGUCUUGUGGCUUCUCCCCCAAGUCACUGAUGAAAAAGGGAACUCUUCCCUGGCACUGUCUUGCCUCUGGCUAAUGCUCCUCCAUUUCUGGUAGUACCACAGAGCUUGGCAGGAGGAAUGGGCAAGCAAAACACUAGGUUUCUUUUUGAAACAUCUCCAAGUGUGGCAUGUCCCAAGCUGAGCCCAUCAAAGGGUGGGGAGCUCUCUUCCUCCAUUCCAGGAGGGGCUCUGGGUAGUAUAGGCAUGGCUAAGGGAAGGACUCCCAGCCUAUCCUACCCCAGGCCUGCGAGCUGCUCUGGGAGGGCACUGCAGUGAAAGCCAGUACCUCCCUGUUUGGUUUUUUUUUUGCUUUUGUCCCUGCUCCAAGACACUUUUCUUUGCACCCCUCAGCCCAGGCUGAUUUUUAUGCAGCACSUGAAGGCUUGCCAAGUCCUUCAAGGCUGCUUUUUGGUUACAUCUGCUGCUGUUACAGGCCAAAGGCUGUGCAGCCCAGAAGCCUCAGCAUGACCUCUGGGUCCCUCAGUGCCAUGGUUUCUGGGAUUUGCAGUUGCCAUUCAGACAAGCACAAACAAUCCCUCUUUUUCCUGCCACCUGGAGGCACUGGCCCUGGUUUUCCCAGGGGCUAGCCAGAGUCUGUGCCUGGAGGGUUGGGACAUGGGGCAGAGCCCGCUAGCGGUGCCUUGUUCCUGCUCCACAGACAGCAGGGGAUGGAGGAGUGAAAGCUGUUCUUCCCCAGAAGCCUGGGUUUUACUGGUCAAUCCUUUUCUCAUCAACACAACCUGACAAACCAGCAGGUUUUGGUACUUUUGCAAGGCAACUUUUUCCUCUUUUUAUUUUAUUAAAUUAAAAAUAUGCUGCAUAGA